UCAACAACCACCUGCUCCUCCUCCACUUGAUUGAACUGCCUCUCUGCAAAAGAAAAUUACUUCGCUGAGCUAUAUCCAAAUAGUGUCCAUCUGCUAUUCCGCCUAUGAACUUGGAUGAGUGACUAGAGACAGGAUGGCCAACUCAACAUUGGAAAUAGUGGGACUUUUAUUGUCCCUAAUUGGUCUGAUUGGAACAGCUGCAAGCACUGGAAUGCCAAUGUGGCGGGUCACAGCCUUCAUUGGGGAGAAUAUCAUCGUGUUUGAGACUCGCUAUGAGGGCUUGUGGAUGAACUGCUAUCGCCAAGCUAACAUACGGAUGCAGUGUAAAGUCUACGACUCUCUGCUGGCCCUUCCCCAAGACCUGCAGGCUGCAAGAGGGUUAAUGUGCUGCUCUCUGGCUCUGGCUGCCAUUGGUCUGCUGAUCAGUUUGGUCGGGAUGCAGUGCACAGCGUGCAUUAGGAACAACGAUCGAGCCAAGAGACUGGUCCUCAUUAUCGCAGGAAGCAUGAUUUUAAUGGCUUGCAUUUGCGACCUUAUUCCUGUGUCCUGGACAGGCCACGCCAUCAUUCAGGACUUCUACAACCCGUUGCUGAUCGAUGCCCAGCGCAGGGAGCUCGGAGAAGCUCUCUAUAUUGGUUGGGUGGCGGCUGCUUUUUUGUUUGCUGGAGGGUGCAUUUUUAUCUGUUGCAAUAUACAGUCUGAAGAUGAAAAACCAGAGAAGUACAUGUACUCAAAAACCUCAGGGUACAGGGCCUACACCCCACAGCCACAACUCCAGCCUCUACAGCCUCAGCAGCUGGUGUUUAUCCCUCGAUCCGAACCCCACUCAAUGCUGUCAAGACAUCCGUCAACCGUCUACAGUUACGAAUCUAGAUACCCCUCUGUGCACAGUGGAGUUGCUUAUUUGUGAACGCUUAAAAUAUUUUUUUUCUGUCAUGAUGGUACAAGGUAAAAACACUUAAAUUCUUAAUUAGAGGUAAAAUGUCAAUACAUUUUAUGUAUUCAUUUAACUGUACUUAUAUUUUUUGUAAAAAAAAAAAACCCAGUUCAGAAGCUUUCAAGAGAUAACCACGCAUGUUUAUGUAUAUUUAAUUGUUUGUGCAAGUGAAACUUUAUACUUGUAUUAUCAAAAUGGGGUGAAAUAUUGAAAAUCUGUAUGUUGUGUAUAACUAUUAUGCAAUCUUCAACCAUUUGGUAAUGUAACAGAAGUGCAUGGGUGUUCACUGUUGAAAUGUAUUUUAUUGCUGGCGUAUGAUCCAUGUUGUUUAAGUGACAAAAAAACAUUUUAAAUUGUGUUUUAUGAGCCAAAACUUCUCCAGAAUUACAAACCUCAAUGAGGCCUUUGUUUUCCCUAAACGUCCGGUACCAGUUUCACCCAGUGUUGACACUAUGGGCGUGGACGCAAAGGUAACUCAACCAAGCCAAGUAAACAAAGGGAUCAUGUGACCAGAAUAUGCAAGUCACUUUGAAUUUAGACUAAUACAUCCCUAUUAUUUUGUUUGUUGAGCUUCAAGUUUAGAAAUAUAUAUUUAUUUUUGCAAAGUGUAUAAAUGAUUCGGUUAAGCUUAAAGGUCACAGCAUUUCAAUUUCUAGAAGAAGCACAACUUCUUUCUGUGACCUUAAAUACAAUGAAAUGUUGAUACUUGCAUAUGUGUUCUGCUAUUUCAAACACAAUUUCAAAUAUAAUUGUGUAUCACUGGUCUUAAUAUGUCAGAAAAUACAUGCUUUUUCAUACAAUGUGAACCUCUUAUUUCAUCACCUCCAAAGCUCAACUCUGCUCUCCGGUGGACAAAGCAGAAAGCUGUCACAGUUAUUCAUUUUACAGUAUACUGAUUUUUGGCUGUUUUAUGACAUUUAUCACAUUGAAAUAAAAAUCUGACAUUAUCAA